GGCUUCGUAAUGGAGACUUUCAAAAGUGGCUAUUUUAAGUUGCAUCUAAAUAAUAAUAUGAUUGUGGAUGGCAUAACGUGUCUAAGCAGCAAACCGUAUUCGAUAGAAAAAUUCAAAAACAUAUUUGGUUUAUCUGCUGUUGUUUUGAAUAAUGUUCAUGUGAGGUUCACUACGAAGAAGAUUGACAAUUUCUACGAAUACUUCAGUUCGCCGUGGGCGUACUUUUUGUAUCAUCAACAGACUGACGAGUUAUUCGCUAUGGUCAAAGAACUCUUGCCGAAGGGCCAAAGUAGCGGUGAAACGGUGAUGGAGGCACUAUAUGGUAUGGGACAGAGAAUUUAUGAUGACCAGGAACGAAAAGCAAUUAACGAGAUCCGCACCGAGUUCACAAAAUCCCAUCACAUUGAAGUGAUCACCGAUUACGUCAUAGAAUGGCUUUCGGAGAAUGAAGUAUUACUACCGAUGUAUAUACAAACUUCUGAGGUGGUAGACUAUCGGCACGAUAUAGGCAGGAACCCGGCUUUCAAGAAAAAGAAAAGAUCAAUGAAGAAGCUGCUUUCUGCUGUAUUCUAGAACGUUCUAACGAAAUUAAAAUUUUGAUUUAAUUUUCAAUUAUGCUGUUAUUUUUAUGAGCGUAAUGACUUGAAAGAAUACUUUGAACUGUUUGACAAAAUAAAACAUGUGAUGAUACAUAAUCUCUUUGAAUCAAUAUUGUCAUAAUAUUGAAGUUUAUUUACGCAUUUACCUAACACAUUUUGUACAUUGUAUUCGAUUUUAAGAUGUCCUCAAAAAAUCGUUUAGUUCUCGAUGAUCUUUUAAUUAAAAACGUCAAUACUUGGGGUAACAUUCAAUACAAUAUUCCGUUAAGACUUUCCAGUAAUGAAACGAGAACAGCGACCAGUAUUGGACUUCGUCACAUUCCGGCACUUCCACACAGUUUCGAUUGCAAAAUCGAUGACCCGUUACCAGAGAGAGUUACCGGACGAGACAUGGUCGUCGAGAAGGAAACAUACAAGACGACAACAGGUGAAUACUGCGUGAAGCCGAACCCGAAUAAGGCGAUGGAAAGAUCGGACUGCUCCAUAAAUUGCCGCCGAGUUAUAUUCAUGACCGGAGUCGAGAAACGUUUACAAGGAAAAAAUAUAAAUCAACCAAUCAUGAUAUCGGAAAUGAAGGAUACUUUUAGGGGUGUGACAAAGCCGGCCACGGUCCCCCAGGAAAUCACGGUGAAGGCACCCGAUCCUGAAUAUAUUUUUGACGUCGUAGCAGCUGGCAGAAACGAAGCUCCAAUAAUACCGGAGACUGCAGCAGGAUUUAGGAGGCUGCUAGAUCCAUAUGUGUCUACAUAUAGAACAUAUCAUAAGCCAUUUUCUGCUGAAGACCAGUAUGGGAUUGGCGCAAAGGACCAUAUUACUUUUUAUUCUGAAUUCGAUACACCGAAGGUUCGAGGAUUCGGUCCAAGGCUCAAAGAAGUCUGGAUGCCAUUAUUGUCCAAGCAACACAGAGCGGUAUAUGACAGAAUACACGUUAAGAAAGAGUGCAAAGAAGUCGCGGCUUGCCACAAUCCAGUUAAUAAUAUCCAAGGGGUUUUUGAAUCAGAAACUAAGAAAAAAUACAAGUCUCCAUUUGCAUCCUCGUCGCUUGCAUCGUGGUCACACGGAGAAUCUUUCGACUUAGCACCUUUCCCGUCCAAUCCCUAUCAAACUAACAUCGCUCCGUUUAUGUACUGUAGCGAUUACUGUCACAUAGCUCAGGGAACGCCGCCAUCUACAGUGGUAGACCAGAUCGCGAGCAAGAUGCCUUCUCACAAACAUUGCAUUCAAAGAUAUAUCGUGUCCAGAGAUUAUGAACAAAAAUAAAAUUUGAUAGAUAAAA